AUGCUUAAACGAGUUGAUCCUACCAACACAGUUCUAGUCACUAACUUGCAAACCAUCGAUACCUAUGUUGAAACUGGAGUUCUUUUGGCAAGAAAAGAAGAGACGAAGUCCAAACGUUCAAAGAAGACUGCUGCUGGAUCUUCUGAGAAACAAGUCAAAGAAUCUAAAUCUACAAAGAGUCCGAAGAAGUUACCGAUUACAGAAGCAGAGCCAACAAAACCCGAAAUUUCCAUUGCUGAUACACCAUUAACUCAAAAGGAAAUCAUUCCUUCAAAGACUGGUGUCUUUCGUAGAAUCAAAAUGAAAUCCAAACAUAAGAGUCGAUCUCCACUAACAAAUGUUAUCCGAAAACCACAGGUUUCGUAUCAAGGACUUCUCUUUCGUGAGAUUCCUGCACCUGCUUCACCAUCUUCUAAGAAACGAAGGGCAACUGAUAUGGCCAAAUACAUCUCAAAGAAGAAGAAGAAAAGUAAGAUUGUCAUCUCCUCUGAGUCUACUGCUGAUGAAAAUGAAACAAUUCCAGAAACUCUAGAAGCCGAUGUUCAGAAAGAAUCUUCUCAUCCUGCACAAACUGAUGUUAUACCACCCGAAGAUUCGGUUUCCAAGUCAGUUUCUAAGGAGGCACGAACUUUUGACAUAUUUGUAAACGUUUCACAUACGGAUGCAAAUGUCACAAUGGGUGAGGAUGCUUCGCAUACAGGAGACCAAGGUAAAACUUCGGAUGUUACCUCAGACAUUAUUGUUUCUUUACCUCCACAACUCACACCUAUCAUUCCUACUACAUCCACCACUGAUUCACUGAUUCCUAUCAAACAACCAAUUACAUCUCUUUUUUCUUCACAAUCCACUGAUCCACCUAACACAACUUCACCAAUUCAAUAUUCUUCUUUUAUGGAAACUGAGCAUGAGUCAGAAGGUUUUGGAGGAACAUUUGAAAAUUUAGAGUUUGAUGAAGAAGAAACUAACUUCCCAAAUCACAUGCUCAUGACAACGAAGCAGUUUAAGAUAUUGAAUACAAAGCUCAAUUCAAUUCUUCAAUCACAGGCUGAUCUUGGGGGAGGAAAUUCAGUGACCAGUCUAGAAGUGGAUGGUCUGUUAAAGUUGCUUAAAGGGAGGAUUACUUCAAAGGUGACUUGA